GGGAACAGCUCGCCACGUUUCGCACCUGGGACGGCCAAGCCUACGUGGUGGACGCGUACUGCCCUCACCUCGGGGCUUACCUGCCCACCGGUGGGCGAGUCAUGGGCAACUGCGUUGAAUGCCCGCUUCGCGGCUGGCAGUUUUGAGGACAAGACGGAAAAAGCACUCGCAUCCCGUAUGCUGAAAAAGUGCCAGAUCUUGCGGGGGUCCGGACCUGGCCAUCCUGCAAGGUGAAUGGGAUGCUGCUGGUCUGGUACGACUGCGAGGGGGUGGGUCCAGCGUAGGCUGUGUGUGAGCAGUGGGAGAUCUCCACCAGAGAGCGGGUGUUCCGCGGGCAGACAGAGCACGUGGCCAAUGCACACAUCCAGGUGGGGCCAGGGCUGGUUUUCAUGAGCGUUGAACAUGCUUUCCUGGGUUACAGGAUCGUCCUGCAGAUGGUGACUUCCCUGGAGCCUCUCCUCCAGAACGAUUUUCAUAAAAUCUACUGCCAGAAGAACAUACCAGCCAUAAUCCCCAAGUUCAUCCUGAGAGCAGAGUGCAUACAGAGACCGUCCUUCUCCCACCGGUUUGAGCGCGAUGUGACCAUCUUGAACAACCACCAGCGUCAGCCCAAGCCGCUGCUGGUCAGAGGGGACUCCAGCAUCCGGAAGCGCCGGCGCUGGUACGCCCAGUUCUACAGUGAGAAGAGCCUGAGGCUCCCGGUGCAGAGGGAGGGCCUGGACUGGGACGACCUUGCUGCCCGCUGCAGCAG